AUUGUUCCCUUUGUAUACGCAAGUUUUUGUCCUACAAAACUCAGUGCCCAACAUGUUGUGUGGCCGUCUCAGAGUCUGACCUGAAAAAUAACCGGACAUUAGAUGAACUCGUGAAAAGCUUUAAUUCUGCAAGGCAGCAGCUGCUCCAGCUGGUCGUGGAUGCUCCAGUGAUUUCUUCUCCACUGGCCUGUAGCAGACGAGCAACGGGCAAAAGCCACGUUAGGAGCCCUGGGGCUUGGCCAGCUAAAAGUGCCCGAAAAGAGGAGCUACCGGUGAUUGAGAGUUUCUUGAUCAAGGAAAACGUGCUCACCCCGACAGCUGGACCUGCAGGAGCACAUGGGGAGGUCUGCAAAGCCGAGAACCACCACGACCUUCCUAGCAGCUCUCCCGAGGCCUGUGGCAAAGACGAUGAAGUGGGAUCAGGGAAGAGUCCCGAAUGUGCCAAAAACCACGAAGAGCCUUCUACGUCUGUGGGCAAAUCAGUUGAGAAAGUGGAGUGCCCCGUGUGCGGGGUGCCGGUUCCGGAGCCCUACGUGAACAAGCACCUGGACGGCUGCCUGGCGAGGGAGGAGAAGAAGGACAGUCUGCGCAGCUGGGCUCCUGAGCAGUACCUUGGCAAACGCCUCUCCCGAGGGCCCGUGGCGGCAGCUCCGCGCUCUGCCGGCGCCGGCUGCGGCGCGUCGCAGCCCACCUGCAGCUCUGCACUGAGCGCCGCGGUGCAGCCCGCGGUGCAGCCCACCCGCAGCUCUGUGCUGAGCGCCGCGGUGCAGCCUGCAGUGCAGCCCACCUGCAGCUCUGCGCUGAGCGCCGCGGUGCAGCCCGCGGUGCAGCCCCGCGCGUGGCCCAGGAGGAGCCGCAGCGGGGAGCGCGUGUUUGCGUCGCCCCAGGAUGCGCACAGCUCCAAAUUAAUCUACAAUGCACAUAGAAAAAAAAAAAAAAAAAAAAAAGAAUACCUGAGGUUCUUACUAA